AACGCUCAGUUCACCCAAUUUGAAACGAGUUGUGUAGUAAAGAGUAAGACGCUCCACGGUUUUUCCUAAUUUUCCUUGAUUUUCCUACCUCUUACAUGGGUUCUUUCGUGAGCAAAUUGUUUCGGGAGCGAAAGGAUGCUUCAAAUGAUCCACGUUCACCUACAUUACACAUUUCCCGGACUCCUAUAAAUCUUUUGUUUAAACAAUCGCCUGCUAAGCAGAUUACUAAAGCCCAGGAUCUCACUGAUAUCCGGACUCCGCUUAGUGGCAGCUUUGAGAAUGUUUAUCCACGGACUAAGCACAUGGAAAUGCUUCAGACUACGACAAAUCCUAUUGAUCCUCGUUCUCCUUCUACCGAAAUCCAUCGAACACCUCUUAUUCUGUUAAAUAAUGAGGAAAUGGUAUCACAAGUCGAAGCUGAGAUUUGCGAUGCUCAAAAUGCUAGUGUUUCAGAAAGCUUUGAAUCAGCCUUGUCCAAGCUGGACUUCAAUACCAGUUUUGAUGAUGAAGAUGGGGAAACUGAGGAGAAAGGACUAUUGGACACCCAGAUGGAAGGUCUGCUGGAAACCAAUUUUGACUACGAUCCUUCAAAAGAGCCGGCCCAAAUUGUUGAAGAUACCAUCGAUCCUAGAUCCCCUGGAAUUGAGAGAACACCUUUUGUGUUUGAAGAUGAACCAAAUACGAAGGAUUGUGAAGAUUCUACUCCUAAAUCAACACUGAAUCUCGAGGAUCGCAGUCGAAAUGGUACGAAAGUUUUUCAGGAUGAAAAUUCAGGGCAGUGUCAUACGCCCAAACAAAUAAAUCAAGAGGGAAACCGAACACCACUGAGUUGCCUGGCUAACAGGACUACAAGAAAUACCUUCAAGGAUUCCCCUUCAAAUAUGUUUGUGCUGAAAAACAAAAAUGAUACGGAAAAUUAUCCAGUGAGUACCUAUUCUGGAGUCAAAGGAAUGAAUGUGAAGGACAUUAACUCAAAGAUUCCUUUGCCUAUGAAGCGAUUGACUAAUAAGUAAUAUCUGUUUAAAAAAAGAAAAAUUUCCAGUUUCAUUCGUUUUCAGUCCAAAUAAAACAAUUUUUAAAUUAAAAAAAAAA